AAUCUCUCGCCCACCCGGGUAACCGUUUCAGUCGAACGUUGACGUUCGCCGUGCAAGCAGCUCUGAAAGCGAAGGGAAAGCAAACAUCUUCCACAUCUUUAAGCGAGUGUGUCAUGUGUUUGUGUGUAUGCAUUUUAAGGACCUAAACCGUGAUUAGGUGCGAAAUCGAGGGUCCAUUGUGUGUGCGUGCCUUGUGCGAGAUCGUGGUGGUAUAUGGGAUGCGUACAAGCAGCGGCUCCCGUACGGUUGGCGGAGUCGAACGAUUAACCUAGAACUAAAACACGUGGAUUGAAAGAAACGGAAAUAUUUCUUUUCCCGAAAGCGAAAUUGACGUUAAUUACAGUGCUUUUAGUGAGUGUCUUUUCGGUUGUUGUUAGAAGUGUUCGAACUAACUUUCGUGAGCGAAAAGAACUAGAACAAACAUUUGUCGUAGCGCGGUGCUAUAACACCUUCAUCUGCAGCUUCAUCCUCAACGGUCUUAUCAACGGGAUCAAACGGCACAUCAACGUGCUCAACCCGACCUAGAAAGUGCAUCUAGUGCUAGGUGCAGAGAAAAGAAUCGAAAAAAAGGGAAACCAGCACAAAAUCGUUAAAAAUGAUAUUUCGACCACUCUUACUGCUCGGUGUACUGCUGACGGUGGUGAUCGUUGUGGCGGCGAAGGACGCUGGUACGGCCGAACGGAAGCUAAACAUCGACCCGGCCCUGCGCAAAGCGCUCCUGCGUGCCUUACGCCACCUGAAGGAACGCCAGGAGGAGGAAAAGCAGGAACAGCUGUUGGGCGAUGCUAACACUACGGAGGAAAACUUUGCGACCACCAUCUUGGAUGAGCUGCUGGAGGAAAGCACUGUGGCGGAUAGUGAUGCACGAGUGCGCGAUACGUCCGGUGUAGAUUAUCACACGUUCGUGGCUAACGCACAGGAGGAUGACCGUGACACGAUCGAGGGUGAGGUGGAACAGCGUGACACCGGUGCGGUAACGAUCGGAUCGUCUGAUGCGAACGAAAUCAUCAAGACUAUUAUUAUCGCGAAACCGAAGGCAACGCUUACUGCACCGAAGCUGGAGUCGGAAAACGAGAUCGUACCACCGGUAGAACAGAGUACGGCAGGUACGACGGAUGUACCACUGCCAGUUACUAGCAGCACUACACAGCAACCGCCAGUUUCAACGACGACGGGUAUCCCCGUACCGACAACGCCCGCCCCAACGCACAACGAGGACGGCGAAAACAUUGAGCAGGUAAAGUCGGAAGAUGUGAAGAUAUUCCAGGCACCGCUCGUAGCUGCCUUUACCGUGCAGCAGGACCAGCUCGGAGUACCGCGCAACGUUAUCCCACUGCUCCAAACACCUCCCAAGCAGAAAUCUCCCGGUGCGACAGACUUUAAACCCUCUCCAGUAAUCUUACCGGUUAGUGCGGCCGCAUCUGCCCCAGCCCCAUCCCCUGUUGCCACCGUACCCCUACUGCAGAUCCAAGCAGUCCCAUCGACACAGCCACUGCUAGCACCGCUAGCACCACCGUCCGCCAUCAGCCUGAGCACACGCGCAUUGGAGGAAAAGACGCGCCAGCUCGAACAGCAGCUCUUUGCACUGCAGAACCAGCAGCGUGCCCAGGAGCAGCUGCUGCGCGCCAAGAUCCAACAGGAGCAAGCCAUCAUACAGCAACAGCAGCAACAGCUCCAGCAGCAGAAGCAACGUCUGGAGGAGGAGACACGUCUGCGCAUUCAGCGGUUUGAGCAGGAGCAACGUCUCUUCCGCCAGCAGCAGGCACAGUUCCAGCAGCAGCAACAGUUCCAACAGCAACCACCCUCCACGCAACAGUUGCCUCCGUUCAAGCCGCAACCACUGCCGCUGCAACAGCAACCCCUGCAGCAACAGCAGGCUCCACAACCAACCUUCGUCCAGGAGUUGCCCCGUCCCGGACCGGCGGUACAGUUCAUACCGAGUGUUAGCUUACCGGGCGGCAAACCAAUACCGAUCUCGGUGGAGCAGCAGCUUCCCUUCAAGGAAGCUGUCGACUUCCAGCCGCAACAGCCGCCACAGCAACAGCAGCAGGUGUCGCAACAGGGACCCAAAACGACCACCUCCGUCGAGCAGGUGAAAGCCAUCAGUCAACCGCCCCAGCUCGCCCGCGAACAGGCACUCCCGCUCAAACCCUUCCAGCCGUUCAAUCUGUUCCCCGUGCUGCCACCACUACUGAUUGGGCCGAACCCGUUCGAUCAGCAGCAGCUGCCACCGUUGCAGCAACGCAACCGUGUCUUCCGCCAGGAACCGGUCACCGGGAACUUUGGUCUAAAUGUAGGACCUCCACAACAAGCACCGUUCCGCCCAUCGCAACCGCUCGCAUUCAAUGGGCAAACGUCCGUACCGCUUAGCGAUAGCCAGAAUCUCCAGAAUCUACUAUUCCAGUCUGGUAUCACGUCCCGCUCGGCGGAAGAUUUCAACAUCAUCACGAAGGUGCUCGCCCUGAACCAUGGUAUCCCGCAGGCCUCUUCCCAGCGUAUGUUCGCAAAGCUGAGUCCCGACCAGCAACGGCAACUAUUGUUCCGAAAGUGAGCUAGAACUUACUUCCCUCACCAUCCACCCUCCGUAUCCUUCGUAAUACGCGUUAGCGAGAGCGAUGUAGCUAGGCAGUCUGUGCCCGUGUGAGCACGUGGUGCUCGUAAGUUUGGUUAGCUAACCUCAUCUCUGCCAUAUUUAUUAUUGUCACAGCUGUCGGCGGUGCUCGACUCGCAAGGCCAGCCGUAGUUGUGUGAGUGUGUGUUUUUUUUCCUCAUAUCGUUCAUUUCUUUCGUUUCCUUUCUUUUCUCUAUAUCUUUAUAUUACUAUCAUUCACCUUUCGCUGAGAUUUGCCACAAAGGUCAGUCUAACAUUGGCCAAUCUUCACAGAUGUCUAGCAACUCACCACGCAUCGGGAACGUUGAAGUGUUCCUCUACUUCAAAAUUUCACCACACCAAAUCUCUCUUCGCUCUCCAUCAUUCAUUCAUUCGCAGUGUAAGGAAUAAUAGUACGUACUGCGUGUUGGCGUUAAAGCAAAUUUGAACCACUUUAAGGAUGGUAGCUAAUAAGAUGUGUAACCCUUGGGCGCAUACCGCACUGGCGGUUGCGUUUUUUGGGCAUCGUAGAAUCGCAGUCAGGUUUGCUUAGGAGAUUAUUAAGUAGUUCUUUAAUAUUGUAUUGCUCGCCGGUCGGUUCAAUCGAUCGGGAAUUCUCUCAAAUAAAUGGUACUUUAAAUAAGA